AUAGAAGAGACAUCAAUUUCGAGAAGGAGAGCAAGCAAACAAACAAGGACAGUUCUGAUCUGCUAAGAGCACUGCUGGUGUAAUAAUAGAUACUUUAUUCCUGACGACUUGUCCACUAGCAGUUUUAGUUAAUAUUUAUUAUCAGAUCCCAGCCCUUCAUCAGCAAUUCAACAUGACUUCUUGCUACUACAUAUGGACGUGCUUGCUGCUCUCUGUAGCACUUUGCUGUAACGCUGAAAGCACAAAUUUUAGUUGCACAUCUAAUUGGUGUGGAGAAAAAUGGAGAAGCACUGAUAGAAUAUUAGUCUACAAUUACACUGAAGAAGUAGAGAAUGUGACAUUUGUGAGGAACACAACAAUCACUAGGAAGAACUGCACCAUCAUGGAUCUGCUUCUAUCCCCAAACACAGACAGAUGUAAAACUGUCAACAUGACAAAGAGUGAAACCAUUACUUUUCAAGUCACCAGUCACAGACGAAGCACAGAGCCUGAGAUACGUGAACUCCCAAAGGAGCUCACACUCGGCAUCAUAGCAACAGAAAACGUUGACAUAUUUGGCAAUCAAUCGAGAGACGCUUACAGCGAGCUUGAGGACAAAGUCUGGCAGAUCUGGGUACCAAGAGGCUGCAGAAUGGUAAUGUUCUUCUCAGAGUUUGACUUGGAGUCUUCCCCAAACUGCUCCAAGGACUAUUUUACGAUCCAGAGCACCAAAAAGCAAGCAAAGAUACCAAAGUACUGCGGAGGAAUAAGCUCCGCUCCCAAGGACGUUCAGAUCACUAAGAGGAGAGUUCAGCUUCAUUUUCAUUCUGACUCAGAUGAAGUCCGAUCAGGGAUUCGUGCAACAUUCUGCUUCCAGAAGAAUAGAGAUGUUGAUCGAAGUGAUGUCCUCUGUAACUGCAAUGCUGGUGUUAGCAACCUCAUUAAAAAGAGGCAUGCUAAGAGCAGGAGCAAUUCAGACAGCACAAAGAGUGGAUCAAACUCAAAGUCAAAAUCUAAGAAAACUAAAUCAAAGAAGAGAAAAAUGAGCAAAAAAGAAAUGAAAAGACUUAUGGCAGAGCAAGAUAGAUUGGUUGGUCAGGGACUACGUGACAUGAUGAAGUAUGGACUGAAGGCAAUCAAUGAGUACAAAUACUCCUCAAAUAAAGCAAUGAGAAUGCUAGCAGAGAAAUAUCAGGCAGCCCUUGACAUGUCACUGGUAUAAUAGUAACUGAUAUAGCUCCAUAAUACUGACAAACUCUCUGCUAAAGAUAUAGAAUUAUUUAUUAAUCAUUAUGGAUAUUAUUAUUAUUAUUAUUAUGUGUAUUAUAAUUGUGUAUUUUUUUAAUUUUUAAUUAUUUCAAAGUGAUGUUUCAUGAUGUACAUCCUUCCUAAUAAUAUUCUUCAUUCUCUUUA